GCCCGCCAUUACUGCUCUUGAUCUACGAUCCGCUAAUGAAAAUUUUUAACCCCGUGUCAACUCCUCAAGGACUGCGCGACCCAUGUGCAGUGCUCGAGAGUCGCGGUGCUGACUCUGGCCCGCGAGUCAGUCCAGUCUCCAGUCCCUGGCCGCGAUGAGCCCCCGCGCAUGCGACGCCGACGCGCGCAUCUCCCCGGUCAAUUCCUCUGCUGCCGCAGAGGCACGCGGCCGAAUUCGCCAUCCGUGCAUGCUCUGCUCCAUCAGAUUCAGAUCACGACCUUGUGUUGCGUUAGAUCUGUCGGCGGAGAAUAACCCCUCUUCUCCCCUCUCGUUCUCGAUCGGGGAUCCGAUGCCUCGUCACUCGUGCUCUUCCAGCUUCCUGUUCCUCACGCUCACGACGCCCGCCUGCAUGAGAAAUGAGAUUCUCGCGACUGCCGUCUCCGAAGCCAGAACAUACUAAAUCUCAAGCCUACACUGCGCUCCAAGGCCUGAGGCGGCGCAGUAGUGCCAGCAUGGAGAGGACCGGCGCGCGCAGCGGCAAGCGGUGGCUGCCGGGCCUCCUGCUCCUCGCCGCCACGUCCUGGCUUCUCGUCAUCUACUUCCAUCUCGCCGUGCUCCGCGGCCCGCCGGUCGUGAGCGCGCCGCGCUGGUCCCUCGCCGAGGUCGCGUCAGACGGCGGCGGCGGCGGGGACGGGCAGCGUUUCCUGCUUCAGCAGGAGGAGCGGCUCAGCAAGUUGAUGAAGGCCCCGCCCGCCGCCACGGGCAACGCGCUCUCGGCGGCACGGGACGAGCGGCGACGUCGCGACGACGAAUGCCGGGGGCGGUACGUGUACAUCCACGACCUCCCGCCGCGGUUCAACGCGGACAUCCUCGCCAACUGCCGCAACUGGUACCCGUGGAUGGACAUGUGCGUGUACCUCGACAACGGCGGGCUCGGCCGGCCGGUGGACAACGCGGACGGCGUGUUCGCCGACGAAGGAUGGUACGCCACGGACCACUUCGGCCUGGACGUCAUCUUCCACAGGCGGAUGAAGCAGUACGACUGCCUCACUUCCGACUCCUCCCGCGCCGCCGCCGUCUUCGUGCCAUUCUACGCCGGCUUCGACGUCGUGCAGCACCUGUGGGGCGUCAACUCCACGGCGCGGGAGAAGGACGCGCUGUCGCUCGACCUCGUGGACUGGCUCACGCGCCGGCCCGAGUGGCGCGCCAUGGGCGGCCGCGACCACUUCUUCCUGUCCGGGAGGACGGCGUACGAUCACCAGAGGGAGACGGACUCCGAGUGGGGGAACAAGCUCCUCCGCCUGCCGGCGGUGCAGAACAUGACGGUGCUCUUCGUCGAGAAGCUCCCGUGGAUGAGCUUCGACUUCGCCAUACCGUACCCGACCUACUUCCACCCGGCCAGGGACGCGCAGGUCGUCGAGUGGCAGCGGCGGAUGCGCGCCAUGAAGCGCGACUGGCUAUUCACCUUCGCCGGCGGCGCGCGGGACGACCCGGACUCCAUCCGGCACCAGCUCAUCAAGCAGUGCGGCUCGUCGAGCUUCUGCAAGCUGGUCCAGUGCGGGAGGAACGAGAGGAACUGCCUCGUCCCGAGCACCUUCAUGCGCGUGUUCCAGGGCACGCGCUUCUGCCUGCAGCCGAAGGGAGACACCAUGACGCGACGGUCGGCGUUCGACGCCAUCAUGGCCGGCUGCGUGCCCGUCUUCUUCCACCCGGACUCUGCGUAUACGCAGUACAGGUGGCACCUCCCGGAGGCGCACGACACCUACUCGGUGCUCAUCCCGGAGGCGGACGUGCGCGCCGGCAAUGUCAGCAUCGAGGAGACGCUCCGCAGGAUCCCGCCGGACGUGGCGGAGCAGAUGACGGAGACCGUCAUCGGGCUGAUACCGAGGCUGGUGUACGCGGACCCGAGAUCCAAGCUGGAGACGCUCAAGGACGCCGUCGACGUGACGGUGGAGGCGGUCAUCGGGAGGGUCAACAAGCUGAGGGAGGAGAUGGCCCGUGGGCAAGGGCAUCUGCUGCAAAAGCAAAGCGGGAACGCUGGUGUUCAGCAAACCUAGCUAGGUUGGUCAGAUAGUUAGAUUAUGAGUAUAAUUAGCCCGUGGCAAUGCUGGUUUCUGGGCUUCGGAAAAAAAAAGGACGAUUAGAUAUCAUUCUUGUAGUGAUGAGAUGUCAUCUAAACAAAAAUAGUGACAUGUACAAUAUUAAUGAAGAAAGACGAUUAGACUUUCACCGGACGAAACCAAUCCAGUGUUUCAAUGCGUUGGACACUUGGUAUAGCUCGCAA